AAAAUGGACUACGAAGACGAUGAGCAAAAUUCCCGGAAAAACCCGCCCUCAAAUCGAAUUAUUUAUUCUUUACCGUGCAGAUUGGGAUUGUGGCAAAACGAGGAAGAAAUCAGGCAAAGUAAAUGCAAGGCCAUAGAAAACAAAAGGGACAAUUGCCAGAUGCUUGUGCAGCUAACGAAAAAAAUGGUACGCAAUAUGUUAAAACCAGUCGGGCUAGAAGUAGAGGAGGCUUGUAUGUUUUACGGAAAGAAUUACAUGAUAAAAAGCUCCGGUUUUAACAACGUAAAAUACGUAGAUUGUUCAAAGGGCCUCUACCUCACUGGAUUAAUUACAGAAAAAGAGCUUCCUACUUGUCAACAUUUCAGGCACGGUUGCGGUUUAUCUGCUAGUCCGAUGGAAGAGUCAUUUACACGAAACAGUUUCGCUCUCAUUAAAUAUAGCAGCUACCCUGGUAAUAAAGUAGGAGAUCCCGUUUACUACGGCGAAGACAUUAUGAUUAAGAUAUCGAAGAGCCAAGUUCCGCUAUACGUCCAAUGCGAAAACCACACCAUAGAUACUUUUGGAAGCCAUUUAUCUCUGCGACUAACCAGCAUUCCAGACGUUUAUUGUAAAUUCAAAGUGUUCCAUUGGAAUCCACAAAAACGGCAGGAAUUUUUGGGAACCACUUUCACUCCUCGCACAAAAGUCGUGAUACAACACACAGCUUCUGGUCAAAACUUGGCUGUGGAAACGUUGAGUUGGAUGCCGACGUUUUUCGGACCCGAAUGUAAUGUUAGCUGUCACACCUAUUUGGAUUCGCAUAAAAUGGAAACCGACGAGAAUUUUUGGAUGUUUAAAAACGCACAUAGGGUGCAAGUGCUAAAUCGAAUGUUCCACAUGGCCGCCCAGGAAGAGGAGACUAAUAAUAAUUCUACUCUUUGA